AUGGUAGGUUGGGGGUGGGCCGUAGAUGGCGGCCCCUCUUCGCGGAAUAGCCGAGCAUGCGGCGGUAAGAUCACAAAAUCGUUGGUGCUGUGCGCGUUUUUAUGCUCAGAGCUUUUUCGAGUAGAAGCAUUUCGUCGGAAAAUUGGUGGGCGUGCGCGAAGCAGAACAACAACAGACUCUCCUGCCCAUGUUAGGGGAGAUGUUAUCAGUCUCCUCCGGCAUUUUUCAGAGGAUCAUCACGUAGCCUCGAAGUCGGCGCAGCCCCUUUCGCUGAUAAUCACGCGGCAUACUCUGCGCAAAGGAACUAGUGGCGCAGCUACCUUUCAAGCAACGCGACUUGCCGGAGCAGAGAGAACGGGUGAUAGGAGCAAGACAGAGUACUACUUCUACCAAGUCGCGGGAGAGGAUUCUGCUGAAGAGACAGCAGCGCCGUCGCUUUUGCAGGCACAAACGGGGCUUGUCCACGGCCGCAAGGGGGAUGCAAGCGGUAAAGACAAAGAAGAGUUGCGCCGACCUAUCGCAACAGAACACUUCCUCUACGAUGGAACGAGUACACGUAAUCAGCAUCUGGCAGGCGUCGAAGGCAAAGAUCAUCAAGAAGAGGACGAAGAAGUAUCUACCCAGUUGCACUUGCACCCUUUCUCACAGCAGGGCGUUUUCUUGCAGCAACCUGGAGCGGCGGCGCCUCCCGCAGCAAAACCAGUCACCGGCAAGAAAAAGGGGAGACGAGAAGCAGAGCUGCCUUUUUCCGUGCAGAAGAAGAGCCAAGUGGACACACCACGUUGGCUUGCUAGUCUGGCUGUAAAAGACGCUAUCAAGAAGAAGAAAGGCACGCACUUCGUCGUUUCGGUCGACUUGGUGCCAGAUUGCGAAGAGGACGUCUACAUGGUCGCGCUCACACCAGUGGAGUCGAAGCGACGCUAUCUGAUGAGCUCAGCAACAGGACAGGGCGUAGGUGCGAUGUCUGCUGCGCCAAACAACAUGCAACCGUAUGGCGGCGUGCAGACAGCGGGUGCGUUCCAAAGCACGGCGGAUUUGCUCAAAUCGCUUCAGGCUGGCGCCGGCGCGCAGCCACAAGCCCAACCACAGACGCAACCAGCACAGGCAGGUGGUCCGCAACUGUUGCAGCCCGGCGCUGUUCAGCCACUUGCUUUCCAGCCAGGUGCAUCUCCGCAGCCGGCGGCUGAUAUGCUGCCGAGUGCAAUUUUGCAGCCACAGGGAGCCGUCAGUAGUGCAGUGAAUGCAGCGUCGUUGAUGAAUCAGCAUUCAGGCGGCGUUGCGGCAGCGCCCAUGGUCUCAAAAACCAUGAAUGUCGUAGUCGAAACACAGAAUGCGGGCUCUGGCGGAAAGUCGAAUGUUGACCAGGCGAAUAAAGCUGUAGUACAGAAGAAAUCGGCUCAAGGAGGCGCAGGCGCCAAUUUGCUGCUGGUAUCGCAAGCGCCAGCCCUUGCGCCUCAGGGGCAGAGUGCUCUUGGUGCACUACCGACGCCAUCGGUUCCGCUCCAGCCGCCACUUCCGGGCUACCCCGCCUCAGCUCUGACGCAGCCGCUGCAGUAUCUGAAUCCACAGGGGGCUUAUUCCGGCGCCGUGAAUGGAGCCUACAGUCCAGACUUUCGACAGGAACGCCUGGACGCGGCCCAGCAGCGCAUGGCAGCUGACGCUCGCAAGGAUCUCGAAGCACAGAUGAAGAUGAAAGUCACGCCCUUGGACCAAUUCAUAUGAUUUCAUUUCUUGAUUUCAUUUUCGAUUUCAACAAGUUGUAUCAUCAGCGCGUCGUGUCGAUGUCCUCAAUUACAUGGCCUUUGUAUUAGGUGGAUCUGUAGGACUACUUGUUGAGCUUGAGUAAGCCAAUUUACAAGCGAGAAAUUCUCCUUUCAUAUCUUGGGCAAAUGAACCUGGCUCCAGUGGUUCCGCCUGUCGGUCCACUCUACGGUAGCGCUGCCGCCGGUGCAGUACAGCAGCUUCCGUAUCCGUUUGGACCAUCUCUGUCUCCAAAUGCAGCAUCGAAAGCUGUAGACUCCAUGGGGCUACUGCGCGAGGCCGCGGAUCAUAUGUCCGCCAUAGCGGCAAUCAAGAAAAAACUGAAGGACAGCGUUAUGAAAGAGGGCAAAAAAGCCGCGCUCCCCGAUAUGAUGAAGCAGAUCUACAACGCGCUCCACUCAACUUUGGAGAGUACUACUUACUUACUCUUACGUAAUUUCAUUAUUUUUAGCAGUAAUAAUUUAUUGAAGGUGACUGAUUGCAACAUGCAGAUGAUAUAGAAGAAUGCACUAUGUUGGAAAUGGAACGAUAUCCGUAGUUCUUUUUUCAAUUGUAUAUGAUCCAGGGCGCGGGGCGACGGUGCCCCCCACUAGCGUAGGGGGGGCACCGUGCCGCCCCGGACCCCUUUUUAAGGCGUCUGCCGGGGGUGGAAGGCCUCAAAAGGGGGCCAAGUUACCUCUCCGCUCCCCUCCAGCUGCCUGGCUGUUCCUUACAGGCCUCCGAUCUAGGUGGGAGGCUUCAAAAGGGGCCCAAGGGACCGCCUGCGCCCCUUUCCAGGUGCCUGCCUGUGCCCUAAGUGCCUCCGAUAUGCUUCGCCGCCGCAGCAGUGCGCCGGUUUUGGAAGGCCUCCGAAGGCGCCAAAAAGCGAGGGCUGGACCCCCUGAGCCGUGAGGCCUGUACCCUCCGGGCCCUUGGUCAUCGGCUUGCUGGCUCUUGCGACCUUGGCCGCCUACUUCGGCGGCCUUUUACCCCGGAGACCUCCCGCCUGCGAGGGUCAGCAGGGGCCAGGAGUUCCCUGAGGAACACGCAGAGAAGCGCAAGGGGCCGCCUGCGCCAAGUUUUUACGCCUUCCACCACUAGACUCCGCGAAAGUAUAUAUAUAAAUCAUACAUGAAGCACAUCAGAUACUUUCAAGACCGACGACUCGUUGGUCGGCAUGCUACCCGAGUGCACUUCACCGAAGUUCGACACUCGUUGGCGGCCUGUGGCAGAGGUUCCAGAGCUGGCGUCGCGGAAAUUGAGGGUAUUUCAGCCGACACCGGCAGACGGGAGCUGCCGCUGUGGUGGGCAGAGUGUUGGGGGCGCUACUGGUGCCGUGCUGGACGAAGCCAUGUUGGCUAAAGACAAGGCUACCAAGGACCUGUUCGGCUGUUUCCGGAACCAACGUGACGAACUGAAAUGGGUCGGGCCGUGGAAGCUCGUGCUUAUGGCUCGUUUGAGAAGAUUUCUUUUCUGCCUAAUCAUGAACAGUACUAGAAUUUCCCACGCUGAAAAUGCAAUAUCAAGGACUUAGUUACUUCCAAUUGCUAUAAUUUGUUGAAGAAGGUUUCUGAUGAGCAAAAUCAGGAGCUCUAAUUCACCUCAAGUGGUGUCGGCGAUGCAGGCGCAGAGUACGAUCAAGGACCUCACGUGCAUCGAGGGCGCGGUUGCCUUAGGCAUCUGUGAGGCGGUGGACCUCAACACUGCAGUGAAGAAGAAUAAGAAGUGUGAUCCGCUUUUGGGCUGUCUAAAAAAGGAUUGCUGCCCAUAGGAAAUAUCAGAGCAUAAAAUAGGUACUUGAUAGGUCGUGUAAAUUUAGAGUCGUUUGUUCAAGCACUAAUUUCUCUGCUUCAAGACAUACUUGAUGAAUAAGUUAAGAGAGGACAGGCAUGAAAUGCAAAGGGAAAUCAGAUGUCGUUGUAGUACUAAGAGUUCGACUCAUCUUCAUCCAAUUUCAAGGUUCACAUACAGAUUUUAGAUAAUGUAAAUGUUCAGAUAGAAGUAGUGCUACGAAGAAUAAGUAGGAAACCCUUUUCCACCCUGCCAUAGUUUGAGAAUAUAUCCCUCUGGCAGCUUGUUAAUGAUAGAUGAUUGUGACGGGCCGCAGAAAUGGUACCAAGUACCCAUCGAUGCUGGCCUCACUGCUACCAAGUGUCAUGGACUUGAAAGAAGAAACAAAUGACCUAUCGGCGGAUGACUCAAAAAAUUGGACAAGAUGUGAGCACCGCGGUUCACCCGCACGUCAUAGAG